GUGUAGCUCGAGAGGGCCUCUCGGGACACUGGAUUAGCCACACGUUGUGGUGAACUAGGAUAAAAUUCGGUGUGCUCCUUCCUUACGCUCUUUACUUUAACGCUCUCGUUUUAAUUUCCUGCGAUCCCCUUGGGCCUUUAUUCUAACAAUUGGUAUCAGAGCCAUACUCUCUGAAAGACUUAACUGUUUGAGAGAAAUGAUCAAUGGCUUCUACUCAAAGUUCAUACGCAGUCUCACACCAGAAUGGCGCUCCAAAGCCGAUGCCAUCCAAGAGUCCAUCGGCAUCACCAACGUCACCAUUGACGGGCUUAGGGGUAACCUCAAAACCUAUGAGUCCACCAUUCUAUACCCUUCUUUAGGUGAACAAAAGAAAAAGGGGAUUGCACUCAAGGCUACCUCAAGUCAAGAACCCGCCAUGGAGGAAUCAAGCGAUGAGGACAACGAGUUCGGGCUCGUCAUCAAAAAGUUCCACAAGUUCAUGCGAAAAGAGUAUGAACGAAAGGGCAAAAAGCAUGUAGAACCACCCAAGUGCUAUGGGUGUGGAGAAGUUGGGCACAUCAAGCCAAAAUGCCCAAAUGCCAAAAACGAGAAAGAGAAGAAACCGUUCAAGAAGCACCGAGCUUACAUUUCAUGGGGAGGUGAUUCCGGCGAAGAGUCAUCGGAAGGCGAAGAGAAUGAAAGCGCCAACCUUUGCCUCAUGGCACACGAGGAACCACCGGAAGAGGCUUAUAGAGUCUUCAACAAACGCACCUUAACCGUUGAGGAAUCUCCUCAUGUUGUCUUUGCCGAAAAUGAUGCUCGCUUGGCGAGAAAGGUUUCUUGUGAUGAUCUUGUAGAUUCGUUGGAGAACAUCUAUCUCAACGACGAUGACGAAGUAGACAACUCAAAGGAAAGCCAAGAUGAAGAAGUAGAGCCACUCGUAAACGAGGAACAACCACAAGAGGAGGAAACGCCAAUUCCAAGGGCAUGGAGGACUUCAAAGAACCAUCCUCUUGACAAGGUGAUCGGUGACAUCAACCGAAAGCACAUGGCGCAGCUUAUGUCCAUGUUCCAGCCAAUGCCACCACCACAGCCGCAGCCGCGCAUCGUUACCUUCAAGACGUUGAAGGAUAAUGGAGCGGAAGAGUUUCGAGGAGACAAGAUGGGGGAGCCCCAGAUUGCAUUGGAUUGGCUUGAGCAGAUGGACCGGGAUCGCUUUGAUCGAGCUUUCACGAAGGAGUACGUCCCCAUCCGGUACCGCGAGGAGAGGCGCGAUGAGUUCGUUGCGCUUAAGCAGGAGGGGAUGUCACUGCCUGAACUGAGACAGAAGUUCGACUACCUGUCCCAGUAUGCAACGAGUCUGGUCUCCACUCCGGAGGAUCGUUUGAAUGAGUUCGUCAAGAAGCUACGGCCGGACUUUAGGCCGUACGCCGCGCUGAUCACGACGACAGAUUUUAAUGCGGCGUAUGAUUUGAUUGUGAAGACGGAAAAGAGCUUGGACAAUUUGCAGGCAACCAAGAAGGAGGAUCGAUCGACAAAAGACUCGCGACCCGCGGCCAGCACGGGGCCGAGCGGGAAGAGUUUUGGAUUUGGGGGAAGGAGGUGUCCGUUGUCCGUGCAUGGGAAGCAAUUCCCUGCAGAUUUGAUAGAGCUACCACACAAGGAGUUUGACAUUAUCCUUGGUAUGGAUUGGCUCACCGAGCAUAGAGCAGUGGUCGACUGUAGUUUUCGGACCGUACGGCUGAGGGCCGAGGACAGUAGCGACGUAUCACUCUCCGGGGAGGAAAUCCGUACGGUUUGCGACUUCUCCGAUGUCUUUCCCGAAGACCUACCUGGUUUGCCUUUGCCGAGAGAGGUAGAGUUCUCGAUCAAUCUCAUUCCGGAUUCGUUGGAGAACAUCUAUCUCAACGACGAUGACGAAGUAGAAAACUCAAAGGAAAGCCAAGAUGAAGAAGUAGAGCCACUCAUAAACGAGGAACAACCACAAGAGGAGGAAACGCCAAUUCCAAGGGCAUGGAGGACUUCACAGAACCAUCCUCUUGACAAGGUGAUUGGUGACAUCAACCGAAAGGAUGAGGACGGAUCGUUGAUUUCAAACGUCAACGGGGUGGAGAUUUAUUUGAAUGAGGAGAACAUUCAAUUUCUCACCGGGCUUUGUCGGGACGGACAGGAUCUCAGGCUCUACGUCGGAGAAGAAGGAGCACGGUUCAACGAGACCGCCCUCUUGGAGGAAGUGGGUAUCCGAAACUUCAUCCCCACUCCCCAACAGCGGCGCCCUACGAUUGCUUCCAUGAGUCCCGUGUUUCGAUUCAUUUUUUAUAUUUUGACACGGAUUCUCAAGCCUAGGAAGUUCAAUCACACCACUCUCUCCCAGGAGGACACGAAGACAAUUCAUGUGAUGAUUCACAACGCCAAUAUCAAUUGGUGUAAAUUUGUGAUGACUCACAUGUUCAAUGCCACCUUCGACAACCAGCCGCUCCCAUAUGCUCUCCUUGUCAUGGCGAUCCUUGAUGAGUUCCACAUCAAGACGGACGUCGGGCCAAAAUGCAAAGGAACGAAGCAUUGGGAGAUUGACGAGUCUUCCUUCCACCCGAGAACUGAUGAAGCUACGUUCCCGCAGCCUCGUCCUCGCUGCCAACCGAGAGCCACUGCCUCGACCGCCGCCGCUUCGACCAACCCUUUUCUUGCCAAGCAAAUGGCAGCCUUGACCACCACUCUCUCUCGGAUUGACACCAACGUCUCCCAAACGGCCCAAAAUGUAAAUAUUUUGAGCCGAGAGCUUCACGGGAAGCCUCUAAUGCCCAACAGCUCUAUGACACAUACCCUACAGAUUCUAACAGAAUCACUGCCCAACUAUCCAAUGCCUAAACUCAUCAAAGUUGUAAAUAUGGAGGUGGAAUACUGGAAACAAAAGUCCAACAUCAAGUGGCUCGAUAAGGGUGAUGCAAACUCCAAACUCUUCCAAGCUUAUGCCAAGGGAAAGAGAAAGAAACUUUCUAUCAAGCACAUUAUGACCUCUGGAGGUAGAGGUACCUCUUCACCCAAUGAAAUUAAAGAGGAGACCAUCCAACACUUUCAGAACCUCUACACCUCCAACCACACCCCUUCCCACAGCACCAUCACUAACCUGAUCCCCAAUGUUAUCUCAAUGGAGGACAACAUAAUGUUGAGUGCCAUCCCAAAUAUGAACGAAGUGAAGAAUGUUGUCUGGGAACUUAACGGUGACAGCGCCAGUGGACCGGAUGGAUUCAAUGGGAAUUUCUUCAAAACCUCCCGGGAGACAAUAAAAAAUGAUGUGCUCAUUGCUUCCCAAGAAUUCUUCCUUGGCAGACCCAUUCCUUGUGCUUAUGGAAGCACCUAUUUAACUCUUAUUCCCAAAUGCUUGAACCCUAAACGCUUUGAUGACUACCAUCCUAUUUCCCUCUCCACCUUCAUGAGCAAGAUCAAUACCAAAAUUCUAUCCAACAGACUUAACAUCCUCCUUCACAAACUCAUACCUCCCGAGCAAGCUGCUUUUCAGAAAGGGAGAUCCAUUGAUGAUCACAUCCUGGUGGCCCAAGAAGCUAUACACAUUAAUGACAAAAAGGUGUGUGGAGGCAACACCAUUUUCAAGAUUGACAUGGCAAAAGCAUUUGAUAAAAUGAAAUGGAGCUUCAUUGAGGGGAUUCUUAAUGCGUUUGGUUUUUCUGACCAGUCCAUCAAUCUUUUGAUGGCUAAUCUCAAAGGAACCAACAUUAGCAUCCUUAUCAAUGGAGAACCUUAUGGAUUCCUUAAAAUGUCCAGGAAAGUUAAACAAGGAGACCCCCUAUCCCCCCUCCUUUAUAUCAUUACAGGUGAAGGACUCAGUAGGCUGCUCAAUCACUAUGCUGACACUAACCACCUUCAAAGAUUUAAUGUAGGUAGUGUCAGAUUCCCUAGCCACCUCAUUUAUGCUGAUGACCUUAUGAUAUUCACCAAAGGAGACACGAGGAACCUCCUUAAACUUAAAAACAUUCUUGGAGAAUACCUGCAAGCAUCAGGGCAAGAGAUCAACUUCUCCAAAAGCAGAUUCUACACCUCUAGAAAGACUCACUCAUCUCAAAUCCAGAAUAUGGAGAAAGCACUAGGGAAUGGCUUGGAUCCAGGGCUGGAGGGUGUUCUCACCCUCUUUUCUUUCUUUUUCCCCCUCUCCCCUUCUUCCUUCUUCUUGCUUCUCCCUUCUUUCUUGGUCUUCCUCCUCUUUUCUCCCUUCUUCUGUUUCUGGAAACACGCUAAGUUUCACUCAUCCAAACCCUCUUUGUUUUGAUGUUUGAAGGUUGGUGUGUCUUCCCUCUGGUGCUGGGUGGGUUGGGGCCCCAUUGGUUCUGUGGACUGGUGGGGUUGUGAGGAAACAAACCAACCUCUAUUUACCCCUUCUGGGUAGUUAGAGGUUGAGUUGGGUCCUGGUUUUGACUUGGUCCUAUUCGGUGCAAAUGGUCCUUUGGUGCUUCUCAACCUCUGAUGGACUUGGUUCUGCUGUUUU